AUGGGGAUGGUCGAUCCGGCCACCAAGUCGCCGGAGGAGCCCCGCCGACCAGCCUCGCCGUCUGCCGCCUGCACCGGCGAGCACCCCGGCCGCGCAGUUCCUUUGGACACAAAGCUCGCAGUCGCCGCCUUCAGCCUCCACCACGCCGAUGCUGCCGCGAGCCCCCCGCCGCGGCUGCUCGCCGGCCGCACGGACGCCGCACGCCCCGCGUCGAGGCCGUUGCCGCGCGAGGGCAGCUCGCUCCACGCCGAUGCGCGCAGCCCCGCGCUUCGCACCGUCACCACUGAGGAUGCCAAGAAACGAGGACACCAACUCCGCCGCACGCGGAAUCCUGCCGCAUCGACUCCACCACCGCAGCCUCCGUUGGCCUCGCCGCCGGCGCUCCAUGCCAGAUCCGGCCGUGGAGGGCCCGGAUCCGGCCAUCGGUGCCGCGGAUCCGGCGCACCGCCCGCGCACAGCAACUCGACGCCGGCUGACAGCGCGCCGCCCCCGCACGGCGGAGCUCGCGGCCAGCCCAUGCGAAGUCCUCGCCGCCGUCUUCCUCGGGGCUGCGCGGGCUUCCGGGCGGACACCUCCGACCACGGCGAGGAAAGAGGUGGAGAUGGGCGCUACGCGGCGGCGGAGGCUGGGGGCGCCGCCGAGUCGCCCCGUGCGGAGGGCAAUGCGGAGGCCCAAGCUACGCCCCACAACAACAGACAGAGGGCUCGUUAA